CUGCCCAGUAACACUAAAGAUGGAGAGCAUGGUUGAUCAAGAACCAGAGGAUGACAAGACUCAACGAUCUCUAUUCAUUCGAGUACGGAAUUUGACGCCGUCCAAGAGCAUGAGGUCACCGUCCCGCAACUUCAUGGACAGAUGGACCAAUAAGCCACAAUCGCCAACUGCAGCGCCGAGUGCCUCCAUCAAAAGCAGCAACUCGAUGAUCAGUCAAUUCUUCGACAAAGAAAUUGCCGCGCCUGAGCCAAUACCGUCGUUUGAGAAUGUGGAAGAGUCUGUAAACUUGCGUGUGUUUCAGGCCGUGUCCUCUUGGCUCAAAAACAACGAUGUGCUAUCACCACCUUUGGCACUACCCCCACCUACAAAUCAGUCACGCGUGAGCCUACACCAAGUGUACGACACUCUGUUCAACUCCAUGGACGAGCAAGACAACCAAAUCACAAACGAACUGCUUGAGCUCACUGGCUGCUUACCACCUCCUGGACACAUCGAGGACACACUGCCCUGUCAACAACGCAAACACAACGACGAUUCAAACUGCUUGUUUGACGCCGUUGUCGUCGUGGGACCAGAUCUCACAGAUAUCUUGAUUAGCCAUGAGUUGGACUCCGUUUUCGAACCGACAGUAUGCCACACGUAUCCGUCGGACGUCGUCUUCGAAAGCUUUCAGCACUUUUGCUUCCCAAGUGGAGUCCGCUUGGUGUCGGACGAUGGCCGCCGCCCCAGCACCAACAGCUCCGUGACAGACUCGGAAACUGAGGCCGGUGGAGAUGACGACAACGAUGACGACAGCAAACUCGACGACCUCUUUUUCGUAUUUGUGCUGUCUGGUGGUGGCAAAGAAGGUCAGGACGUGCAGUACGCGCUGUGCCGGCAAACUUGGGUCCGAGUGCCCAACCACGUGUUGUUGCAGCCGCACGGAGCGGUGUACGCCCCCUUGACGUAUUGCAUCCUCGUCAAGACGCCAUACAUACCAUUUUUUCGAGCUAUCCUGCACUAUCUCAUGGACAAGCACGUGUCCGAGCUGGACGAAAACCCUGGUUUGUGGUCGGACUUGAGCACUUUCAUGACUCCAAUGCAUCAAACGUGGCUCAACUCAAAGCUGCAAGGAUUGUCUGGUUUGGAUUUGCUCUCGAGCAGCACGUCCGUUCAGAGUGUGUUCGGCGAAGCCGAUCCGUUGCUGUUGUUGCGAUUGGACAUCCCGCGCCGACGUCCCAGCUUGACCAGCGCUGCUGUUGACGACACGUCGUACCUCCUGCUUGAGUGGUCGCUUCCCAUUCUCCUGACGUCGAUGACGGUGGAUACGUUGCUACAAGCGACCGCGAUGUUGUUGACUGAAGCAAAAGUUCUUGUCGUGUGCAGCGACGUCGAGCUCCUGACAGCAACGGUGCUUGGGCUCGUGUCCCUGCUCUCCCCGCUGGUGUGGACUGGCCCUCUUAUUGCUGUGCUACCGUCAUCACUUUUCGAGUAUCUCGAGGCUCCUGUUCCGUUCGUAAUUGGCAUUCACACCCUUCCCAUUGGAUUCAGCGCACCACUCGACACGUUUCAACUGUUUCCGCAGUCGAAUCGAGUGGUGGCGAACGUUUUGCCCCUCCCAGACUCGGACGCACUCAAAGCCGACUUGCUAGCAAUAUCCCUGCGUCGGGAUGCAUCGUACAUUCGCCAAAUCAUCGACCGAUUCCGAGGGUAUAUGCAGACAGUGCUGCGAAAAUGCCACGAGCGCACCCAACCCCAUGCGUUUUACGACGGCGUGAAAGCGACACAGCUGUACAGCUCGUACCAGCAGCGCACGGCCGAUGCCAAGCUGUCGCGGGACGGAGGUCACCGCCGCUUGAAAUUAGAGCCCCAAGCGCCUGUGAUUCCUCGCAGAAGUAUGCCUACCAUCUCAAGCCAAGGCGACGGUCCUUGCUCGAAUCAUUUCUUGAUCCGCAGUCUGUUUCACGUUGCAUGCCACGGCGACACAUGUGACGCAAACGAGCAGUCGGCCCCUCAAGAUACAACUGGACUGCCGGCGUUGGCGAAACUUCGUUCAAUGUGCACCACUGUCGACAACAACACGAUGCACCUUCCAUCCCCUCUACCACAGCAACUAGCGACGCCACGAAAACAAUCCAAACCACUGACCAAGCCAGCUUCUCCAAAACGCAAGAUUUUGGCCCCAUCUCCUGCUCGAGUCAAGCCAGAAACGAUUACGUUGGUCCUCCGAAAGGAGACCUCGGCCGUGUCCGUUGUGAAGCAGAUUCCAAACGUGGAGGCAGAUGCGCUGGCGAAAGAAGCACCUCCGCUCUGCUCAUCGGCCACACCUCCCCUCCAAGCAACACACACCCAGCUCCUCCCAGCUAAGGCGGUCCGCAUCGCCGAGCCGGAACCAAAGCUAUCUACAGAUGACCUCCGAUUGACCAGCUCGCCUCCACCGUCCACUAACUCUAUGGAUGAAGAGAUUGACGCAAACAGCCAACCGGAAACGAAGCGUGCACUGUCAGCAUCGAAGAUUCAGCGCUUGUACAGGCAUUGGAGCUUCAAACUACAUCAUCCAACGUACAAACGGUGCAACUCGACUCCCAUCGCGCAUGGGGACGCUAUUUCUUCGAGUCAACAUCUUUCAAGGGUGAACCAAGCAAAGUCGAUGUUCUUGGCCGGAGUUGUCGUGUCCAAGCUCGGUCGGCAUGGCACGUGGGGACGGCGCCGCCUUCGCUGUGACACGAGCAUCGAUCACUUGAUGUGGGAAAAAGUUACCGGCAAGCAUCGAGUCAGCGGUGACGCGAUGGUGGCCAUUCGCGACAUCACUCUCGUCGAGGCCGGUGUGAAUGGCGACCAGAAACCCACGAUGGUGGGCAGCUUCCUCUUUUCGAAUGACGCGGACGAGAGUGCACUAUGUUUGACGGUACAUACGUCCGAUGUCCGCCGCCGCACUGUCGCCUUUAAAUUCAACUCGACGGGAGACCGAGAUCGUGUGAUGCAGGAACUGCAGCAAGUGGUAGAUUAUGUCGUUGCAUCGACGCCUGCCCUGUCGUCGCGUACCAUCGGCGCAGCCGAAGGGGACAUUCUCAUGAUGCGAAAAUUCCAAGACGAACUCCGCGCAGGCAUUUGCAUCCGAAAGCAUGGCCGUCAAGGAAAGCCUCGCGCAAAGCAUUUGUCGUGCGACCCGUUGUGCACUCAGCUAGAGUGGCGAGAUCCCCCCACCGGCGGUCGGGGGUGGCUGAAGCGCACGUCGUCAAAUCAAGGGAUCGGCGACAAAAAGAACGUGAUAGCGCUGGCCUCCAUUCUCGAAAUUUCCCCAACUGAAUCGACCAGCCCCCUCCGGAGCUUUAUUGGAUCUCCCCAACACCAUCGGAUUUCCAUUGUGAGCUCAGUUCGAACCCUCACGAUCAGCACCGAGGCGAGCCAAGAUCACUUGCGCGUGUAUCACGGCCUCCAGUUGCUCCUGCGCCAUUCUCGUGCCGUUGAAUCAACUAGUUGACUCAAACCAUUGAUGAUGUGGGCAAAGUAUCGCAUGACGAUUCUAAUGCGGAGCAUCACUACAAUGGCUCUCUCCAGUGUCAGUAAAUCAGCUUCAUUAGAGUCGUGCACAUACCUCCGCCGCCAAGAUCCCUCUUCUCCUGGCCUCACGAAGCCGCCCGUCCAGUAGCAAUACUCUGAGGAACGAGGUAGAGCUUGGGCCACUGCAGGCUAUUGAACGAGACCUCGUGUACA